UAUGGCGGCGUUCAUUCGAUAGCACCCGCGUUCAGCUGCAAAAGUUAUGAACUUCUUAAAUAGUGAAUAGUAGCUCAUAAAAGAUAGAAAAUGGAUGAAAGACAUUGGUGGAUUGCUGGUAAAAUCCAGGAAACCUUUAAGAUCGGUGGAUAUGACAACCCAACGCUGUUGGAAGAUUUUAUGACCGAGGAGACCACAUUGAACAAAAUCAACCGCUUUUUGAAAGCAGGUGGUCCGUGCAGGUUGUUUUUCUCGUGCGCAAAAGCGGAUAGCGGCGAGUUAUCCACACGGGAGCUCAAUGUCACGGGGACGCUAGCUGCACUGAAAGAUGCAGAUUUAGAUAAAGUGAACAUUCUGUACUUCUUGCGAAACAGAGUAGAUAAAGAUGUGGACACGGUCAGGUACGAAAGAGACAUUUUCUGUGGGGAACUCAAGCAUAAUACGAUCGAGACGCUGGUCACCCUCCUGUCUGACGUGUACAACCCCCUGAUCAAGGCCCAGAAGGAGUGGGGGGAGUGUAACAUGGAGGGGCAGACUAACCUGAGUCACAGCAUGGACAAGUUCCUGACGGCUCUCAAUGAGUCCACGGCCUCCAUGCACCACUCCAAGCAACUGAUGCUGAAGCAACCAGAGAACAUUGUCCUGAACGACUUCAAGCAGCAUCGAGCGGCCGCUCUUGAUGCUCAGCUGAUCGGUCAGUAUGAGGAGCUGGUGACGGACUGGAUCAACACCAUCGAGACCAUGCUCAACGACACCUCAGAUGAAAGGAGAGUUGUUUUUCCUGAAGAGCCCCCUACAUAUAGAAUGUCUGACCCAAGAUUUAUGGACCCCAAUGCUGGUCCCCUGUCCGAGCUGGAGAGAUGGCGCCGUCGUCAACGACUACUGACCUCCAUUACAGAACAGCUCAAAAGUAAAGAAUGCAAGGCAGUGAUUGGUGUACUGAUCACGGCCAAGUCCAGACUGCUGAAAAAGUGGAAGAAUGUGGAUGCUCAAAUCACUGAUGCAAUGAAUGACACCAAAGACAAGGUUAAAUACUUGGAAUCUCUGAGACGCCAUUUUGAUCAGCUAUACCAGGAUGCAACACCAGCAUCCAUCAUCAACAAUGCCAUUCCCGGCAUUGUCAACAGCGUGCGCCAGAUGGACUCCAUUUCCCGGUACUAUGCCAGAACCGGAUUUCUGGGUAUCGUGUUUACCAAGAUCACAAACCAACUGGUGCUGGCAUGCAAGGAGUAUAUUAAGAAUUGCACCAUCACGGCUUACGAUGGUGAUGAAUUGUGGGUAAGAAUCAAGGAGGAAAUUCGGAACAGAGAUUCACUUCCUGUUGUAGACCCCCAGCAGAGACUGCUCAGAAACCAAGUGGAGGCCAAAAUUAAGCAACAAGGAGCCCUGACCCGAGGGAAGACGAAGGAAGGGAAGGAUCUAGGACUACAGGAUGACAGUCUGUAUGGUCGACUGAAGGCCUGCCUAACCCUGCAGGGGUACUACCGUGAGACGCUCCGGUCACUGAGGGACUCCCUGGGACAGACCACCAACAUGUCCCACUUCCCCUCACUCAGCAGUGUGGGGGGACCAGGCAGCUUCACCACCAGAUCCAAGCCUAGCAAUGCCUCCAGAUCGGGACCCUCUGUGUCGCCAAAGAAAGGGAUCUCUUCUCUGAUGACUAACGAAGCGGGGCAUGGCGUGUCGAUUGCUGAUGAGGACGCCAUAAUGUCACACAUGGACAGCUUCUGCAAUAGAAUCAGACAGCUGAUCGACGUCAUUAACACACUGGCCCAGUUCAACAAACUGGCCACCAGCACCAUCGGAGUCCCCAAACCCAGAAAGGAGGACCUGGUCAUUGACGAUGAGGACAGUGAUGAGUACAAGUAUCGGAAGUUUCGGGAAAACAAGGCCAGUAAAUUGGAAUAUGAGGACGAAAAUGGAGAAGAUGGAAUGACAAUCACGGUCACAGUUGCCUCCCCUGAGAGGACCGGGUUGAGGGCUAUUAAGGAGGAUGAGGAGACACAGGACGACAACAUCUCGGAGAUCCAGGAAAUCGAGGACAAGAAGGAGCGGCCCCCAACUCAGCCGGACCACAACGACGAGGUCUUCGAGACGGUCAACAACAACAAGGGGCUCAACGAAAACGAGCUCAGUGUGCUGAGGCGCUAUUUCCCUGAGGAUGAGGAAGAAGAAGGGCCAAGCAUUUCAGCCAUUAUUUCCCAGCAUCUCCAGCAGAUGACCCAGGCGAUGAGUGAUAACGUCACAACCAAGACAAUGCUGGAUGUGGAAUCCAAGAAACGAUAUCAUGGCAUGCCAGGAUUGGACAAAGAUCGCUUUGAGGACUAUUAUACCAACUUUGCACAAAUAGUCAGUGACUUGGAGACCUUCCUUGCUGCAUACCUCCAUGCCAUUUUUAUUGGAAAAACCAAAACUCAGCAUGCAUUGGACAUCAUCACAAGAUUCACACCUGUCCAAAACAGAUCAGGCAUCAGAGCUUGCAUCUCUGAGAAAUUUGUAGAAAUCUUCAACUGGUAUGAGUCGGACCUAGAUGAAGUGCAUCAAAUAUAUGAAGCUCACAAGAACAAUCCUCAACUGGUCAGAAAUGCUCCUCCGGUGGCCGGAGCCAUACAUUGGUCCCGGCAGCUACUAAAACGCAUCGAAGACCCGAUGAAGAUUUUCCGCGACAACAAGGCAGUGAACCAGCUGGGAGACUUUGGCCGGAUUGUACGGAUCUACAACAAGCUGGCCACCGCGCUUGUGACCUUCGAGAGUCUGUGGUUCACACAGUGGAAGAAUAGAAUUGACCACGCCAGGAACGGACUGAGGGCCACUCUGUUUGUCCAUCACCCGACCACCGAGGAAAUCGUCGUCAAUGCAGAUGAGAGAGUUCUUGAACUGAUCCAUGAAGCAAAAUGGCUGACCCGGCUGGGAAUCCAGAUUCCGGAUGCAGCCAUAGCCAUCAUGCAGCAGGAAUCCAGGUUCAAGAGCUACAAGAGCCACCUGGAACUGGUGCUGAACGAGUACAAGGAGGUGUGUGAGGCUAUUCCGGAACCACUCCAGAAGCUGUUCACCGCCCAUAAGGAUCAUGUGGAGCAACAGCUGCAACCUGGAUUGAGCACCCUGGCCUGGAACAGCAUGAAUAUUGAUGCCUUCCUGCAUCAGAUUCACUCAGCCACACAGAAGCUGAAGACGAUGGAGGCACGUGUAGCGGAGAUAAUGGAGAAACAAGUCUUCUCCACAUUGGACGACAUCAGCAACUUCUACUUGUUUGACAUUGACGAAGCGUUUGCUAGGACCUGGCCACCAGAGGAGUUCCGAGAAGUGAUGCUACGAAGCACGCAGGACAGAUCACGUCAGUUACAGGAAAUGGUGAAGACGGUGGCCGACGGACUACAAAAAGUGGCCAACACGCUGGCACUCAGAAAGGAGUAUGAUCUCACAUCCGCGCAGGGAGAAAUUCACUCAAAGCUAAUCCACUACAAGCGGCGCCCCACCAUCAGGGAACCACUGCCACGCCCAUCCUCCACACCGGCCCUCAUGACAAACAUGAGCGAGCAUCAUGGGAAAUCAAAGAAGAUGGCGCUGAUGAUGGAUGAAGAAGAGGUUGCCCGUGAGAGACAGAAAGCUGCAGAGGAAGAACACUACGUGGCCGAACUCAUUGCUCACUACAAGGAUGAAGUGUACGAUGCAGUCCUGACCGCCACCUAUAAAUCGUUAGCAGCUCUAGCGGAGUCGUCCGGAUGUGAAGGUGAUGUAAUCCGAGCCAUUAGCUCCAUGUCCAAUGCCUCCAACGACUACCAGGGGACGCCAAGAUCUCCUAGAAUGCAGUCCGCUCACAGCCGAGUGUCGUCUGCCUUGUCGGAGAAGUCGCGGCCCCAGACGAGUCUGUCGCAGCUGUCAAACAUGACAUGGACGACAGAGAGGACCAAUGAAGUCACCUAUCUACAGUUUGACGUGGAAGUGGGAUUCAACAUUCCGAACAUAACCCUGCAACCUUCUCUAGAUAUGGCACAGAUGGCAAUAGCAGACGUCGCGAACGCCAUACUGGAGUCAACCAGAAACAUUGACUGGCUGUCUCUGUAUGGACCAGAAAACUUCUACGGCUCCAUUUCCCAGGAUGAGAACGUCCAGGAAAUGACCAGUCAAGUUGCCGCCAUUGUUCAAGGAGGAAUUACCUCUUUUUUCAAAGAACUGGAAUCCACAGUGAACAAGCACCUGUUCCACUUCAGUUACUACAACUUCCUGUGGAAAGAUGAUCUCCAUGGCAACUUCAAGGAGUUCAUCAUGGGAGAUCCUGGGAUGUUCAACAUAAAGAAGGAAGUGGAACGCUUCCUUUACAUAGAGAAGAAAGUCCUAGGCAUUCCUAAAGUCCUUCCUGUAGGCUGUAUCUGUCUGAGGACCGAUCCUAUCAAGGAUGCACUGCAUGGAUUUGCCAUGGCUUGGAAGAUCCAGUUUGCAUCAGUUCUGCAUGAAGAAGCCAAGAAAAAACUGGACUCUGCAGUACUGUACAGGUCAAAUGUCCGUAACAGGCUAGAACUCCACGUCCAGUCACUGGAUCAGCUAAACAGUGCCCUCCAACUGCUGGAGGAACUCCGCGACAUGGAGAACAAGAUCGACGGCAUCUAUCUCCCCAUAGAGACAAUGUAUGAAAAACUCAGGGAGUUUGAACUCAGGCUUCCAAGAAAUGAAGUGGAAGAAGUGGAUCAGCUCCGCGACAAGUGGGUGGAACUGAUGGAUUUAGCGGAUCAAGUCCGCGAAAACCUCCUGAAGGAACGGCGGGGAGCUUUCGAACAAGAACUUGACAAAAACGUCAAGGCUUUCGUGGUAGAGGUGAUGGAGUUCAGAAACGCUUUCGAUUCCCAGGGACCUAAUACCCCUAACACUCCUCCAGCAAAGGCCGUAGCUAGUCUACAAGAGUUUCAACAAAAAUACAAACUGUACGAUUCAAAGCGCAAUACACUGGUGUCUGUUUCUAAGCUUUUUGGCAUAGUGUGUAAACCUUUCCCAGAACUGGAUAAAACUGGUGAAGAACUGGAUCUGCUCAGUCAGUUGUAUGGACUGUUCCAAAAGUUCAUCCGAUUUGAUACCAGAUUUAGGGACACCCUGUGGGCUGAUGUUGACCUGGAUGCUGCAUUUGUUGAGGUGGAAGGAUAUUGGGAUGAGUGUCUGGCUCUUCCAAGUAAACUCAAGGACUGGGACGCAUACCAUGAUCUCAAAACCUCGCUACAGAAUUACCUGGAGGUAUUCCCACUGCUGAGGAAACUCAACUCAAAGGGAAGUGUUAAAUACCACAUACCAGAAAUUCGUAACCGCCAUUGGUUGGACGUGAUGAAUGUGACCGGAGUGAAGUUCCAGCUGGAGGCCAACGUGUUCAAACUGUCCCACUUACUGGACAUAGGACUCAUCAAACACAAAUCAGACAUCGAGGAAAUCUGCCUGAGUGCGAGUCGAGAACUCGAGCUCGAGAUCAAACAGCGAGUGACAGAGGAUGAGUGGAACGAGCAGAUGUUGACCUUUGAGCACUACAAGAACCGCGGCCCUAUGUUCUUGGACAAAGUCUCCACUGAGCGAUUGUUGGAACAGCUGGAGGAUGCCCAAGCUCUUCUGGCAAGCAUGCUCACCUCCAAGUACAUUGCCCCCCUGCGGGACGAUACGGCCCUGUGGGCCAAAAAACUGAAGGAUGUUACGGAGGUUCUGGAGUUGUGGUUGCAGGUUCAGGAUUUGUGGCAGUAUCUGGAGGCAGUGUUCAGUAAUUCAGUCACCGCGAAGGAACUCCAGCUAGAGGCCAAGCGGUUUGCCCGGACCGACAAGAGCUGGACCAAGAUGAUGAAGACUACCUACUUUGAGAUGAGGGGAGUUCUCCAGUGUUGUACCGGUGAUGAGGUCCCCAAGGUGAACCUUCUCCGUAACAUGCAGCAGGAGCUAGAGAUCUGCUUCAAGUCUCUGAUGGAGUACCUGGACAACAAGAGGAGGGCCUUCCCAAGGUUCUACUUCGUGUCCGACCCGGUCCUGCUGGCCAUGCUCAGCCGACCUAAUGACCUUGAGUCUGUUAGACCUCACCUCAAGUCCAUCUUCAGUGCCAUCUAUGAUGUGAAGUUGGAGGAAGCUGACACCGGUCCAGAUGAGCCGACGGACGAGAUUGGAUUUGCCCAGUCACGGACAGGAACCCAGUCCCGAGGGAACAGGUCAACCAGCGUCAUGUCCCCGGGGCUCCGCAGCAACACCCCGCCAAAGAUCGACAAACGCCUCACAGAAAUCUAUGAUGACCCUAAAUCAAAACAAAAAGCAGAAGAGGAAGGUCCAGUUGACAAACACAAAAUCCCAAAAUCCCAGAAGCAGGAAAAGGAAGCCUUAAAAAAGCGACUCAGGUCCAAGAUAUCGGGAUUAAGGGGAGCUAACUGCUCUCAAUUCAGCGUUAACCCCAGUGCUAUGGCUCAUGGCCCCGCCUACCUGCCGUCAGAGGGAAUCAUCAAGGACGUUGUCAUUAGAGACGCAGUGUCCGUCUCAAGUUCCGACGGAGAAAUGAUUUUCCUGCAUGAAAAGGUGUGUCUGAAUGAGGGUGUAGAGGUGUGGUUACAGAGACUGAGGGACUCGGUCGCCAAGACACUGCGAGAACUCGGCAUCAACAUCAUUCAGGACUGUAACAAUGGCGUCAUGAUGGAUGAGUGGGCCUACAAGUACCCAGCACAAGUGUGUAGGAUAGGCAUGCUGUAUUACUGGACAAGAGAGUGCGACCAAGGUAUCGGGGAACUCAAGUAUGACCGCAAGGCUCUGCAGCAGAACACGCUGAAGAAGUACCAGGCAUCCACUGCCAAACUGACCACGGUGCUGACCAAGGGGGCGUGGCGGACUCUGGAGGAACCCAUGCUGCCCCUCCACAAGGCUCGGCUUGAGUCCAUGAUUGCACAAUCUCUUUAUCUGAGAGACAUUCUGGAGAACAUGUGCAACAGGAAAUCCCUCAGAGAGACCACAGACUUUGAAUGGAGGAGAUGUAUACGUUGUUACUUCCAUCCUGUGGCUAACGAUGAGAAUGUUGAUACGGAGUCAGUCGAUAUUAAAACGGAGGCCAGUCUAAGUGACCUCUCGAUACAAGACAAAUAUGAACCCCUGAUAUGGAUACUAGACACGCCUUAUAUUUAUGGCAACGAGUUUUACGGAACGAACGCUGGAGUGGCCUUGACCCCGGUCACCGAGCGCUGCUUCCUGACCAUGUCCCAGGCCCUCAACAACUACCAGGGCAGCUGUGUGUCCGGCCCUGUGGGGGUGGGAAAGACAGAGACUGUGAAGGGGCUGGCCACGGUGCUGGGACAUUACAUUGGGACGUUCCAGUGUUCCACCGAGUCAGACACUAGCGCUAUGGGGAAAAUCGUACAAGGAACCGCCAUGGAUGGCUGCUGGUGCUGUUUUGAUGAGGUACAGAGUCUGAACAAACAGGCCAUGUCUACAUUACUGGACCAAAUGACAGCGGUCAUCACGGCCCUCCGCUCCAGACACCCCUACGCUACCCUCAGCGAUGGGCAGGAGAUCUCCAUCAAGAAAACAUUUGCCGUCCACAUGACCUACAACAAGGAGACGGCCCCUCCUGGCUGCAGUCUCCCCAUCGACGUCAGAUCCCUGUUCCGCAUGGUCUCCCUCGUCAAGCCUGACUUCAGCCUCAUUCUGAAGGCUAAGUGUGCCGCCAUGGGAUUCAGGGCUCCAGCAGUACUCGGGGCCCGUCUCAAAGCUCUAACAGAACUAGCCAGGGAUGAGCUGCCCCCUGAGUGUCACCACCACUUCAGUGUAGCCACACUGGUGGGGGUUUUGAAGAGAGCCACUCAGAAGAGGAAGUUCAUCAGGGACGAGAAGACGGUCGACCGUCUGGAGGCCAAAGACAGGGAAACCUCCCGGUCAGACAGCCAGGCCUCUGAGGCCCCGUCCAAAAUAGCCAACCCGCAGCAGAGUGUCACAGUUCAACAAUACUUUGCCUCUUUUAAUGUGGCAUCCAGUGGCAUCAAAAUGACCACAGGUGCCGGCAUGAGCCGCAAAACUGGCACCCCCAACCCCCUAACCAUGGCCGGUAAACUGGAGCACGCCCUGGUGGCCCAGACCAUCAAAGAGAUCAUAGGACCCAGGUUCACUGACCAGAACAUGAAGAUCUUCAAGCACAUACUGAAUGACAUAUUUGCGGGCCUGCCUGAUCCACCCACGGUCCACCAGAUCCCCUCCGCAAGGUCACGUGGAUUUGACGUGGAGCUGGUUCUGAAGCAGAAAAGUGUGGAUAAAGGGCUGGUGGCUCACGACCCGUGGAUAGAGCGCUGUAAACAGCUGUACAAUAUCUCCAAAGUACACCAUGGAGUGAUAGUAGCUGGUCCCCCAGGCAGUGGGAAGAGCAGCUGUAUCCAGACGCUGGUGGACGCCCUCAGUCUGUCCAAUCAAGCGGGGACGUCCCGGCAAUCCCAGGGUUCCCGCACCACCGGGAACAUCCAAGAGAACCAGCAUAAACUGAUCAAAAUCAACCCCAUGGUGGUCGACGACUGUUCACUCAUGUUUGGAUAUCUCAACGUCAACAAUGACUGGGUCGACGGAAUCUUUACCUCCGCCUGUAGAAAAGCCAACAGGAACCAGAGCACAACCUGGCUGUGUCUGGACGGACCGCUGAACCCGGGCUGGGCUGACAACUUCAACCCCAUCCUGAACGGAGACAAGGUCCUGCAUCUGAAGAACGGCGACAAGAUGUUCCUGUCAGACAACAUCAUCGUCAUCUUUGAGACGGACAACCUCAGCAACGCCUCACCAGCCUCAGUCUCCAGAUCAGGAAUUGUGUACAUUGACAAAGAUGUCCUGGGAUGGAAACCAAUUGCAGAUGCAUGGCUGGAGAGCCGGAGUCCACAGGAAAUCCAUAAUGUUCCACAUCAUAAAUUUACCAGGUAUCAGAGAAAGCCCGAGACAGAUACUUAUGAGCCAGAACCAAUCAAAACUGUGGAAGGGGUUCUACAGAGAGCUUUUGCCAAAACCUUGGACCCCAUCUCCCAGUUUGUCCUCAAUGAGGCCAGGCCCCGCCUGUCCCUGUCUUUGGUGGGCAUGUUCAAGACCUGCCUGGGCCUCCUAAGCUCGAUGCUGGCCAACAACAACGAGAUUGGCGGAGAGCUGCACAUCGAGAGGCUUUACUUAUUCUGCCUCAUCUGGACAUUUGGCGGACUUCUGGACAGCGCGGACAGGAAGUCGUUUAGUGACAUCCUGAAGAACCUGUCUAAUGCCCUGCCAGAUGAUGACCGAGACAUCUGUGUGUUUGAUUACUAUGUAGACGAGUCAGGAGAAUGGGAUCCAUGGACCUCAAAAUUGCCAGAGGCUGUGUAUGCAGACAACCAGGACAUGCUGGGGGAGGUGUUUGUCCCCUCUGUAGACACAAUCAGAACGAGGAAUCUGAUGGAGUUUGCCUCCUUCUCUGGCCUUAAUGUGCUGCUUGUCGGAGCCAAUGGAUCUGGAAAAACCAAGCUUAUUGAAGAGUUCAUUGACUACAUGGAAAGACUGGACCCUCAGGCUGCAGUGUGGAAGAGACUGGUAUUCUCCGGAGCCUCCACGGCCAAACAGCUACAGUCAUUCCUAGAGUCCAACAUCUACCACAGACAAGGCUUUGUGUACGGAGCCAAAGACAAGAAGAAACUGAAGGUGUUCAUUGACGACGUCAACCUGCCAGUUCCUGACGACUACGAUGUACAGAGAUGUAACGAGUUGCUACGACAACUGCUGGACGACAAGAUUCUGUGUAAGCUACAGAAGCCAUUUGAGAUGAAGACUGUGGAGGGACUGAGCAUCAUCUCGGCCAUGUCUAUGUCAGAGCAGGCCAGCGUCAGCAGCCGACAGCUCUCCGACAGGCUGCUGAGACAUUUUGCAGUCUUCAAUCUGCCAACCCCACAGGAUGAUGCAAUGAAGAGCAUUGUACAUGGCAUCUUGGAUGUGAACAUGACGGAUGGCGACCGGCCUGGCCUUGACAUUGACCUUCACAAUGGGUUGGUCAAGGCUUCCUGUGAACUGCUGAAGGCCCUUCAGAACGUCCUGCGACCUUCACCCAUGCACGGCAGACGACACUAUCUCUUCACACUCAAAGACAUCACCACCUGCUUCCAAUGUGUGAAGAAAUUACCAGAAGAGAGUCGGGCUGAUGAGACACUGAUACCUGUUAUAUCUCUAUGGCGACACGAGAUGCACCGAAUCAUCCGAGAUCGUCUGAGUCGAACUUCUGACCUGAUUUGGUUUGACACAACAAUUCAAGAGAUUAUUGAACAGACCUGGCCCAACCUGAAGGAGUCUUUCCUGGAGUACUUUGUGACUUUCCCAAUGGAUGCCAGGCUGUACCAGCGACCAGUCACGUCUGUGGGCACCAAACACAUCAAGGUGACCCUGCAGCCGAUUGAGAACCUGAGGGACGUUCACAGUUGUUUGAACACCCACCUGACCCGCUACAACGAGGAGUUUGGGAACGUCCGCCUGGACGUCAUGCUGUCCGACUUCAUCAUCUCACACGUCAUCAGGAUGCACAGAGUUCUCAGCUUCCAUCACGGUGGUAACAUGCUGUUGAUAGGAGCUGUAGGGUCCCACCUCUCCACAUUGUGUAAGCUGGCUCUCCACGUGGCUGAUGUCCCUAUCCACAAGAUGGACACCUCCAAGCGGAGCAACUUCUUUGAUGGACUGAGGUCUGCUGUCAGACUGUGUGGAUCAGAGGGGAAAAUCCUGGCCCUACUCUUCACUGCGCGUGACUUGGAGGACCCAGUUUAUCUAGACGCCAUUAACAGUUUGCUGAUCAGUGGGGAAUAUCCACACCUGUUUACUAACGAUGAAAUGGAGGGGCUGCUACAGGCCAUUGGUCCAGCCAUGAAGAGAGAGUUCCCCAGUCUGUCUGUGGAUCCAAUGAAAUUCUUCGUCGCCAGAGUGAAGAGUAAUUUGCAUAUUGUGAUGUGUCUGCAGCCAAUGAACAGUCUUCUGAAACUCUCUGCCAGUCAGUACCCUGGUAUGCUGAGUGGCUGUGCCAUCAAUUGGAUGUGUGACUGGCCACAAGAAGCUUUGCUGGGAGAGGCGUCAUACUUCAUCACCCGCUAUCAACUCACAGAGGAGUUUGAGAAUCUCAGUGAGAAGGUGACCUCUUGCCUGGCCAACAUCCACAGCUUCGUCCUGAGGGACUGCGCCCAGCUCCCCUGGGCUGGCGACCUCAGCGAGGAGAUCAACAUUAAUCAGGUCAAGGUCGAGAAGAAGAAGGACCAGCAGAUCGUCAAGUUCCUGCCGGCCAAGGUACCUAACCUGCCCUACUCCAAGGUCCUGCUGCAGGAAAGGAUCAAGUUACAGCACAGAUCAGACAACAUGAAGGCUAAGAAUGAGACCUACGUAGGUCCCACCACCUUCAGGCGCUUCAUGGAGACCUUCAAGUACCUCUACAACCUCAAGUCCCAGGAGAGGACCGAAACAGUCGACCAACUCAAGAGAGUUCUCCACACUCUUGACCAGACCCGCCAUGAUGCCAAAAUCAUGAAAAAGGCCAUUAAAACCAUCACCUCCAAGUUUGAAGAUGCCAAGAAGACCACCAGCAACCUGAUGAAGCAGCUGACAACCAAAGCAACGGCGCUGGAGAAACUAAAGUCUCGUGUCACACAGGGCACAGACCUAGAGGCACACAUGAAACUAUACAUGACAGAGAGCGAAGACGAGGAAGAGGAGGAGUUACUUCUGCAAGAAGAGUAUGACGAUUACGACAAGGAGUUUGACAAGAUGAGAGAGGCUAAGUUGAAGAAUCGACAGGCCGUGGCCAAGGACGAAUAUGUGCAGGCCCAGAAAACUGUAGAGGAGUGCAGGCAGAACCUGGAGUAUGCAAGGCAACAGGUCAUCAUCUGGAAAGGCAAGGUUGACAGGGCCUGCAUAGAGAGGCUGCGAGGAUUUGGCAAUCCUCCAACAUUGGUCGGCCAGGUGAUGGAGAUGGUGAUGAUACUGAUCGGCAAGCGUCUGCCGUCCCAGCGACUGUACGAGACUCGGGAGCUGACCGGCAAAGAGGAAAUGUCCAGCCGCAUGUCAUCAAGCUCCAGCAGCACCAGGAUCGGUGUCAAGAAAGACCGAAAGAAAUCGGCUCGUAGUUCUGCAGGAACCGCCCCGCAAGGUAAAAAAGAUGGUAGUGACAAGUUCGAUCGCGCCCAAUGGAAAGCCAUGCAGCAGACCAUGAGUGACACGCCCAAAUUUGUUGACAUGCUGCACAAUGUAUCAUGGGAAGAUGGCCUAUCAGAUGAUGUUCUAAGGGCUGUCGAGAGCUAUCUGGCUGUCUCUAGGGAAGGUCAACUUGGGGUCACAGGGGAAGGAACUCUGUUGGACCAUGCUCAGGAAACAACAUUUGCUGCCAAGAAGCGGACCCCCUCUCCGGAUGGCACUAAGGGUAUCACCAUUGCGAGCGCCAAGUACAGCAGCGAGGACUGCGCCACCCUCGUACAGUAUACCAUCGCCAUUGUGGAGUACACCCGACUCUGUGGACCAUUGAAGGGGUCCCUCGAAAAACUGCACGAACUGGAGCGGGAGAUCGAAGAAAACGAGCGCUUGCAGAAGGAGAGUCAAGAAGAGAGAGCAUCCCCUUUCCCACGCAGAAAAAGGGUGAGGGAGGAGCGUUCCCCCACCCCUGAGCCAGAGCCUGACUAUGUAGAGUCAGACCUGCCUGGCCUACAGGACACGGUAAACAGCCUCCAGAAACAGUUCGACCAAUCGGUGGUGGAGAAACACUCCCUGGAGAUGGAGCUACAGUCCAUGAACGAACGACUCAAAGCCGCCACAGAAAUGGUCGACAGUCUAAAGCCACAGGAGGCGUCGUGGAGGAAGCAUGUGAAGGAGAAUGACUGUAACGAAAUGUUGGUGGCCAACUGUGUGACCGCCUCAGCCUUCCUGGCGUACUGCGGACCCGCCAGUAUCGACGUCAGGAAGAGAAUGGGCGAGUUCUUCAUGCAGGUGUGUGAGUUCCAUGGCCUGCCCAUGCCCAGGAACAAACUGUUCAGGAACAUGGAGCUGAUCACCUUUCUGUACAAACCUAUGGAUGUGAUCCGAAUGGAGACGAUGCAUCUAUCCAUCACUAAGCUGAUGCUGGAGAACGCCUGCUUCCUGAUGCAGCGAGACAGCAUGGUGGCCUGGCCCCUCAUCUGUGACCCCACCAGUCGCGUGCUGGACUGGCUCCGGAACUUCUACGGAAACACCGGACUUGUGGAGGUCAAGUACUCUGAGAUUCGGUCUCAGUUUGAGAACUGUCUAGCAGAGGGCUGCCCCCUACUGGUGACCGACUGCGACACCAAACAGCUGGCCAAGGACAAGCGGUUCCGUGACGCCAUUCAAAGCUGUAAACAGUUCAUCAACGGCAAACUCAAGUUCAAGAUCACUGUGGAAGAUCAUGAGGUGGAGUGUGAUCCACGUUUCCGCCUGUUCCUGCACACCACGGUGGAGCCACACAUUGUACCACGACAUCUAGCGGCGUACACCUCCGUCAUCUACUUCCAGCGCUCCCGUGCGGACAUCGAGGAAACUCUGCUGGACAGAUUCAUCUUCCAGGAAAAAUCCAAACUGGAGGAAGAAAGGGUGUCCCUGCUCCAGGAGAGGAAAGAGAACUUGGAGCUGAUGGAGAAGCUAGAGAAGUCCAUGUUGGAGAGUCUGUCCAGCGACAUCCGACUGAUGAACGAACUCCCCGCCACCAAAAAACUGGCCGAGCUCAAAAAACAGUACGACGAAACACUGGAUAGCCAAGAGCGAGUUGAGUCUAACGAGGCCACAAACACCAGGAACCGAGAGUUGUCGCGCGAGUUUGCACGAAGGGGAGCAGUGUGUUUCCAUGUGAUGCAGUACUUACGCGAGGUGAACCCUCUUUACCAGGUCUCCUACCAUCAGUUCCAGCAGCUCUACGACUCCGCCAUUGCCCACUCUGAGAGAGCUCAGAGAGCAGAGGAAACUCUAGAGAAGAUUACACACAUGGCGUACACUACAUUCGCCCGGGGACUGUUGGAGAGAGACAGAUUCAUAUUCACCCUGCUGCUGGCUAUUGAGGUUGAGGAUUCUCUGGGUAACAUAGGACCGGGCGAGCGAGAAUUCCUGGUCUCUCCGAACUACAGCGCAGUUGUCAUGACUAAACUUGGCUUCACCCAACCCCCAGACAGCAAGAUUGUCCAGAUGAAGAAGCCGUUCGACUGGAUGCACGACGACCAGUUCCACAACCUCCAGGUUCUCGCCACGCACUUCGAGUGGUUCCAGGAGAAAUUCGAACGCAUGCCCAAAGAUGGCCGCGAGAUGGAGUGGAGGAUGCUGUGUGAUAACGUAGAGAAGGAGCCGGAGAACAUGCCCCUCCCCGACAAGAUGGACAGCAAGGACUUCGCCCCCAUGAAGCGGCUGCUGGUGGUGCGUGCAGUCAGGAGCGACCGUCUAAUGCAGGCCUCCACCGUAUUCAUACACAGGGUGCUCGGCAAGAACUGGUCUAAUGUAAAUUUAAAGAAGGACUAUAGUGGCAUUCUCCAGGGCCCAGAGCAGGAUUACACGGGGUACUAUGGUGACAUGGGACUUGACCUGUCGGUGAUGUACAAACAGAGCGCCCCUGUCCCCCCCUCCACCCUCUCCCUCCCCAUCCUCCUGCUCUACUCCUUCGAGGCAGAGGCCGCCCAGAGCCGUUUCCUGGACUUCUCCGGGCGGCGACAGGCACCGCGACUGAUGGUUACCAUCACGGACAACUCCCAGGCCACGCGCAGCAAGGUCAGGAAAACCAUCAGGAAGGCCAUCGCAGAGGGAUCCUGGGUGUACCUCCAUAAUGCUCACAACGCGCCCAACGUCCUGAACAGUCUGGAGUCAUUCCUGGUAGAGAAGCCCAACCCCGAGGGAUUCCGCCUGUGGGUGGCAUGUCAGGCCGACCCCGAGGUCAUCCCAGUCAGACUGCUCCAGAACUCCAUCAAGGCUGUGGUUGAUACACCAAAGGUGAUGAAGGACAGCAUGAUUCGGUCAUUCUCCUGGUUUGAGCCUGACAUACUCAAACAGUCGUCACGCCCAGAGUGGCCGGUGAUGCUGCACAAUCUGUGCUUCCUCCACGCGGCCAUCCAGCUGAGGGCAAGGUUUGGACAGGGGGGCUGGAACUGUCCCCAGGACUUCUUCAACAUUGGCUACAGCUGUCUACAGGAGGCACUUGCCAUCGUUCAGAAUGAGUUCAAGGAACCACUGACCUCAGUGGCGCCCGACGGCUCCCAGAAUUCUCGCUCUGUCUCCUACAACGGCAUCAGAUACAUGGUCGCUGAGAUCGUGUAUGGCAGUCAUGUGACGGACUUCUACGACCAGCAGAGUUUAUGUGCUAUGGUGGACUUCUGGCUGUCUUCAGGGGCCCUCAAGAGGGACUUCGAGGUCAAAGGACUGAAGUACCGUCAUCCACAAGCUUUCUUUAAUCCAAAUGUUCGGCUGAACACCCUGAUCCAGGCACUAGAUGGCGCUCCGAAUCACAAUCUGGAUGUUCCCGAGGGCUGUCACAUCCACCAGACCAUCGUGGAUGAACUUAGUGCGACCCUGCUUGGAGAUGACCAGUACGUGUUCACUCGGCUGAACAAGGUGUUCGACAGCAUGCCCUCUACGCUGACCCUGUCCCACAAGAUGUUCCCGCGACCACCCACCCCGUUCGACGGCCCGGCCCAGGCAGGGAUCAGUAAGACCAGUAACAACCCAUCCGUGGUUCACCAGGGGGUCUUCUCCACCGCCAGCUACGCCACCCACAAAAUUCGCUUCAAGGAUGUGGAGCUGUGGCAGAUCUGCAACGACCUGCUGCAGAAAACGCCCAAAAUCGGCAACAGUAGCAAGUCUUUCCGCGAGUUUGUUGUGGAAAAAAUCCGUAAGCUGCCAGGAGACUACCCCAUCUUUAAUGACUUCAUCAUGAAGGAGUGCGAGAUUCUACAUCAAUUGUUAACUGAAGUCAGAAACACCCUCACAACAAUAAGAAACGCCUGUGAGAACAAUGUAAUGGGUGACCAGUUGAGUGACCACUAUCUGUCUGCCGCGGACGACCUGUACCACCUGAGGAUUCCCAGGAUCUGGUGUAAGAUGACCGGCACCACGGCACCACCCUACACCUACAACGCCGCCCAGUGGCUCCGCGACCUGGAGGACCGCUGGAAACACUUUGAUAAAAUCCUCAGCAUGGGUAGAAAGGCAAUGCCAGCCUACUGGCUAGGAGCGUUUUUCAAUCCUAGAGGACUCCUAGCUUUGCUGAAGCAGGAGGCCAUCAAGAACUACUGUGGGGACAGGUCAGGCAACUUUGAACAGUUCACCUUCCAGACUGACACCACAUUCAGAGACUUUGGACAUCUCCUCCAACCUCCACCAGAGGGUGUCUACAUCCACGGAAUCCACCUAUGGGGCUGCUCCAUCGAGAAGACGACCAAUGAGUUCCAGGACCAGGCCUCGCGCCAGGGAUACGCCCCUCUCCCCGUCCUCCAUCUCCAGUGCUACCCAGUCAACGAGAAGCCAGCCCUACAGGAGCCCUCCUUCCAAUGUCCCUUGUAUGCAUCCAGAAUUGCCCCACGUGACCCCAUCAUGGAAAUCGACAUCAAGAAGGAGGGAAUUCCGCCCAUGAGGUGGGCUCUGCGCGGACUGACUGCCACUAUAUGGCCGUAUUAAACGACAAAGAACAAUGUAGUGUGACUUUGCUGGAGAGUUUUGAAUUUUCUCUCUAUAAAUUGUGACUGUUUUAGUAGUGGUUUUGAUUAAAGUUAAUUGACUGGUAUAGAUCUGAUUUUCCGAGAUCUUUAGUAAAAAAAACUGUUGAUGGUUUUAAAUUAUAUAAAUGUGAUUCUUAUAUAUGUGUUUUUUUAACUGGUAUGCAAUACAUUAUCAUAGCAUUAUGUAGCCAAAUCUCAUUCCAUGGAUCUAUCACCUAUUAAUUUUGUUUAUGUGAAAAUCUGUCCAGUUGUGUUUCACACUGUGAUAAAAUAUAUGGGGAGGACUGUAGACUCCCUAAAGCAUAACGAUUUAUUUAUAGAAUGUUGGUUUUUCUUGACAGUGAUGCAUUAAGUAUUUGUUUAUACCCUUGUUGAUAUUUUAUAUAUUUAAAAUAUUAAAAGUAUGUAUAUUUUUUUCUGUAUUUUUCAUGCCUAUGUGUCAAAAGUUUUACAAGCUACUGAUUUUAAUUAAAAUUGAAUGUUGUUGAA